AAAACCCACAUGGACAUAUUUUGAGGUCUGCUCUUGCCUGUUAGGAAAAAUGCCGCCCAAGAGGAACAGAAAUCGCUUAGGAACUCGGGGUGAGGGAAGUGGGGACUCUGGGGUUGGGAUGUUUGAAAGGAAUGAUGCAGUUCAGGAGCAUAAGAAAGAGAAGAUCAGACUGUUCAUGCAGGACUUUGUGCAACAAGGAAAAGACAGACUGGCAGAACUAAAGAAAGAUCUGGAAUCUUUGAGCACUACAGCAGAUAAAGCUUUGGAAGUGGAGCUCUUGAAGAUGCCCCUGGCUAUCCGACACAUGAAAGUCCAAGACUAUCUUAGCUUAAUGGGAGGUGACAAGAGUGCUGUUGCCGCAGCUGCCGUGAAGCUUGACUGUUCAGUUGAUGAACUAUCCGAGCCAAAACUAGUCCGAAAAAACAGUAAGAAGGUUAAGGUCACCACAAAUGUAGAAUAUCAGGAUGAUGUGAGAACAAAAGUGAUGACAACCAGCGCAAAGAACAGGACUGUACAAAAGGUGCCAAAAAGCAAAUCUAUGCUUUCACUUACUGGUAAAAAUGGCAAGAAAACUACUGCUCUAACCAGGUCUGUAUCUGCCACACCUUUAGACAAAGCUUCUAAAAAGCUAUUGGUAACCAAUUCAUCCAGCAAACCAGCCCAGCGGUCCUCAAGAACAGCGAUGACUCCACUAACUCGUUCUGCCCGGAGUGAUACAAUGUUCACCUUUGGAGACGGUGCUUUUUUGGAUGAAGGUGUCCCGUUUGUCAAGAUACCACUGGCUGAUGGGAAGACUGUCUUUUCAGCAGGAGAUGAUUUGGACAGUCUAAAUGUGGAGCUACUGAGAGGAGAUACAGUGCAGCACAUUCACAACCUAGUGGGCCAGCUAACCAGCCUAUGUGCAAAAGCUUCCAUUCAGCACCACGGGAAUACCCUCUGACUUUGACUUAUGGAAUCUUUGUAUGUUUGUCUCCAGCCACAAAUUCUGUAAAGUAUUAAUGUCUGCUUUUUGUUUUUGUACUUUUUAUCUGUAAUGGCUUUGUGUACUAAUAAACACUUUAAAUGGAUUCUGUCACAA